AUGUCAUCCCGCGAAGGCCGUCAGUCACCUCCCCCCGAGUCACAGUCUGGAAGACAGUUGAACGAUCCCCCAGCCGAAGGAAAGGCGCAGGCCGCCCCGUCGAAAGACUUCUCGAAGAACAAGAGCGAACAAACGAAGGAGCAUGGGUUGAGCUCGAACCCAGAGGGGCCGUUGGACAAGCAAGCUGAGUUGAAGGCUAGUAAGCCAGGUGAAAGGAGUAUGGAUGGAUUGUAA